ACUUCAUCUACCUCUCUUCUUUUAAUAUAUAUUAUUAUAGCUCCCACUGUCAGAGGAAAGGGAAAACUCCGGAGCACAAGGUGCCGUUAAUGCGCCUAUUACGCUGGUUGACAACCGCUAUUAAAAACGAAGAAGAGCAGUCGACAACCAAUCACGCGGCGAGUGCGCUCCGGCCCUGGAACACGGGCCUCAGCCGGAGCCGCAGCAGACAUACCUCGCCCCGUGGAGGGAUCUGAUGUGGCACAGCGCCACCUGGUGUUCGUCCGCAGGCACUCGGCGAUAAGUGACACUGGGAGGGGAAGCAGAACAAACUGUAAGCUGCUCGGGGAUCCAUCUUGCUCGAAAAAGAAACGAGGGUGAAGCAUUCUUCGCAGUGUUUUGCGUCUCGGGAAGCGGUAUCGGCGCCCCCUCGUCGAGCGCACCGGGGAGCCCGAGGAGGGGCCUGUGCCACUGCCUGUAGGAUGUCCCGACAUGAGGGUGUGAGCUGUGAUGCGUGUUUGAAAGGGAACUUUAGGGGACGACGGUUCAAGUGUUUAAUUUGCUACGACUACGACCUGUGCGCGUCGUGCUACGAGAGCGGAGCCACAACAACGAGACACACCACAGAGCACCCCAUGCAGUGUAUAUUAACCAGGGUAGACUAUGACCUGUAUUAUGGAGGAGACACUUUUUCAGUAGAGCAACCGCAGUCAUUCACAUGUCCUUACUGUGGCAAGAUGGGCUAUACAGAGACGUCCCUACAGGAGCAUGUCACCUCCGAGCAUGCCGAGACUUCCACUGAGGUGAUCUGUCCCAUAUGUGCUGCCUUGCCAGGAGGGGACCCGAACCACGUCACAGACGACUUCACAGCUCACCUCACACUUGAACACAGAGCGCCAAGAGAUCUAGACGAGUCCAGCAGUGUUCGACAUGUACGCAGGAUGUUCCACCCCGGACGAGGGCUAGGUGGUCCCAGAGCACGACGCACAAAUAUGCACUUUACCAGCGGCUCCACGGGAGGACUCUCAUCCUCCUCAUCACAGAGCUCCACUUACACCCCCAGCAACAGAGAAGCAAUGGACCCAAUCGCAGAGUUGUUGUCUCAGCUGUCAGGUGUGCGCCGUGCAGCAGGGGGGCAAAUCAACUCGUCGGGGCCCUCGGCCUCCCAGCUCCAGCAGCUCCAGAUGCAGCUUCAGUUGGAGCGGCAGCAGGCCCAGGCGGCACGGCAGCAGGUGGAGACGGGCCGCCACGCGACACGGCGCGGCAACAACCCGGGAAACACCGGCAGCGCCAUCCCUCCGCCCAACGCGGCGACUGCCAAUACUUCCACGGCGGGCGAAAGCAACCCCUCGUCCCACAGCUCCCAGUUCCUAUUAGCACGGUUGAACGAACCCAAGAUGUCCGAAACGGAGCGGCAGUUUCUCGAAGGCGAGCGAGCGGACCGCAGCCUGUUUGUCCAGGAGCUGCUCCUGUCGACGCUGAUGCAUGAGGAGAGCUCCUCCUCCGACGAGGAGGAGCGCCGGGACUUCGCCGACUUCGGGGCCAUGGGCUGCGUGGAUAUCAUGCCUUUAGAUGUGGCGCUGGAGAACCUCCAGCUCCGAGAGAGCCGCUCCACGGGGAAGGAGCCUCCGCCGCCACCUCUUUGAUGUCCGAGCAUCGAGCAGACUGUGUCCUCUCUGCUGCAACUGUCAGUGAUGGGCAGCAAAACCGCAGCAGUCCUCCUCCCCCUGGGCCUCACCCUCCUUCCUCCCUCUGUUUUCUGAGUUUUCUUCUUUUUUUUCUCCUUUUUUUUGGUGAUUGUAAUUUCAGGCCUGUCACCAUUUUUGUUACAUCGUAAACAAGAAUAAAUGAGAGCAAGUGGGAUAAAUGUACGAGUGCGCAGUCGCGAGCGAGAGGAGAGAAAUCUAUAAAUAUAUAUAAAUACAUAAAAUAUAUAUGAAGUUGAUAAUCAAUCCACAUAACUUUUCUUUUGUCAGGUAAAUGUUACAGGCGGCUGUGGCAGACCUUUGCUUCCUGUGACAUGUAAACGGCUCUCCGUAAAAAAUACUCCACAUUCAAAAGUCAAGAGAGCGUAGGCUCCUCUGAUGAAGCUGCUGUGUGUUAAUGACUAUUAAUAAAUAAAAAGUGCUUGGAUGGGUUACCAUAACUACUGCAUGCAGUUAUUUGCAGCGUGCAUGACUUUUAAUGACCUUAAAAAUCAUUAAAAACUGUUUUCCUUUUAUUAUUUUAAAUAUCCCAAAGCUUUCAACUGUUUUUAAAUGGUUAUUUCAAACAUGGUUAAGUAUAUAAUAAGAGAAAAUUGGAAUUGGAUUCUGCAGCAGCGUCUGAAGAAAUGCUGCGAUGUGUGUCUCUGCUCCGGUUUUGCCUUUUCCUCUCUGACGAAUGUCUGAACGUGUCGGCGGCUGCAGAGCGACGACUACAUGUAUCAGACGAAUACCAGGAACAGAAAAGAAAACAUCUCGCUUCUGAAUUGUUACUAGAUGUUAAUAUUUAGCGAUAAGCUGUUUAGGUAACAGUCUACUUAAUAAUUUAUAGAUAAGUACAGAUGCCCAACUAUCCAUUUUUUCCUUCACACACACGUUUCUAACGUUCACCAAGCCUAAUGCUUUAGAUGCUUUACUGGAUUUCUCUGUUGGGGAACGGGAGCUUGAGACUUUCCACACUGCAUUUUUUGUUUGUUUUGUUUGUUUUUUGUUUUGGGGUUGUUGUUUUUUAAGGAGUCAUCGUAUUUUUUCUGCUAGGGUUAGCACUUUCUAUUUAUUCAUGUUUGUUUUCUGAUAUAUUUUUUUUUGAGCCUUGAUAUGACUUGCGCCACCUUCAUGCCUAUACUUUUACCCUCUAUGUAAAAUACAAAGAGAUGUAUAUUGAAUUUGUGCGUCAAAAUUUCACAAUGGUUCUAAGACAUGGGCAGACCUUUUUUUUAAAAAAAACAACAAAACAUGUAAAUUUAGAAUACAAUAAAUAUAAACUGCGCACAGCUUUUGAUGAAACCAAGA